AUGCCUGCCAUUCGCGGUCAAGACUCGAAGAAGAAGACUCGCCGUCACACGCGCGAUCUGGACCAAAUUCACGACGACCUCCACAAGGAAAAGCAUUUGGAAAAGUACAAGAGCACAAAGGCUGCUGAAGAUCUCCCUGGCCUCGGACAGUUCUACUGUGUCGAGUGCGCAAAAUGGUUCGAGUCUGAAGCAAACCUUGUCGCACACACAAAGGGAAAGCCUCACAAGCGCAGAGUUCGCCAGCUCAAGGAGGAGCCUUACUCACAAAAGGAGGCCGAGGCUGCCGCUGGCUUGACCUGGACAGACAACGGCAAGCGCAAAGAAGACGACUACGAGCUCGAGAUGGCCGAAGCAACCUGA